AUGCAGAAGACGCUAGCAGUGCCUACGGCGGCGGCAGCUCCUGCUGCAACGGCGAAGGAGCCUGCGCCGACUAACGUCAGGCUUGAUGCUUGGAAAAAGUCCAUUGAAGGCAACAAGGUCAAACGCUUCAACAACUACCAGGAGCGGCGGUCAGAGUCCGAGAAGCUCCGAGACCGGCUGAAGUCGCAGGACAUUCCAGAGGAGCAGAAGGAGUGCAUCAAGAAAAACUACGCGGCUCAACAGGACGCAUACUGGCGGGACAGUCGGAAGGAAAUCACUAUAAGUGACUUUGAGUUGCUGAAGGUGAUUGGAACAGGUGCUUUCGGCAUUGUCAGGCUUUGUCGCCACAAGGGCACUGGUGAGAUCCGUGCCAUGAAGCAAAUGAACAAGAAGGAGAUGGUGUUCAAGAAUCAGGUGCAUCAUGUACGGGCAGAGAAAGAAGCCCUCAGCUCGGCCAAGGACGACUGGGUGAUCGGAUUGCACUACACAUUUCAGGAUGAUCAGUAUCUGUACAUGGUCAUGGAUUACUUGCCUGGUGGAGACCUCAUGACGCACCUCAUGCGCAAGGACACAUUCAACGAGGAGGAAACUCGCUUCUACAUAGCUGAGCUGGUGGAGGCCAUUGACUACAUUCACACCAACCUGCACUACAUACACCGAGAUAUAAAGCCUGACAACAUUGUGUUUGACAUCGAUGGCCACAUCCACCUGCUUGACUUUGGCCUUUGCAAGUAUCAGCCUCCAGAGCCGGCAAAGGGCGAAGGUCUUCCGGCUGGUAGCAGCGCAGAUAGUCAAAGCAGUCCUCCAUACAGAUCCACGAGGCACCCUCCGCGCGAAAAGAUGCAGUCGGUGGUGGGAACGCCUGACUACAUGGGGCCAGAGGUCUACAAGAAGGAGCCAUAUGGCAAGGAGUGCGACAUGUGGUCACUUGGUAUCAUCAUGUUUGAGAUGUUGUUUGGUGGCCCGCCGUUCAGCGAUGAGCGGCAUGACCCAUCCGUAACAUCUGCUCGUGUGAUGCAUUGGCGAAGAUGGUUUCACAUACCUCCAGAUCCACAUGUCAGUCCAGAGGCACGAGAUCUUCUCAAAGGCCUUAUCUGCGAUCCUGCGGACCGACUGACAGCAGAUCAAAUUCGAGCGCAUCCUUUCUUUAGGGGCAUGGAUUUCAAGCGGCUCCGCAGCAUGUCGCCGCCCAUUAAGCCAAUUGUGAAAGGCCCACUCGACACCUCUAAUUUCGAUGACUUUUCUGGUGCCGAUGACAAGUUCAUAAUUCCGGCGGAGAGACACAAGGUGACAGGCGACAAAACGUUGCUGGCAGCGUUUCAUGACUAUGGCUAUCGGCGCGACUUGGAGGCGAAGAAGCCUUCAAUUACAGCAGCCCUCAGUUCAGCCAGCGUAGUGGCUCCGCAGGAGGCAGAACAAGGGUGUGUUAUUAUGGUUCCAAAUGUCGGGCUUGAGAAGCAGUGCAGUAUGCUCUGGGCUAGGCGCAUCCCAUUCAAGCGGUCCGCCCUCUCUUGCCCUGGCCGCGUGGGCCUUCGGGGUGCAUGGUGUCCUACUCGAGAAGAAUGCCGCCUGGUACUUAUUUACUGCUUUCGUGGAUCCAGGAACAAGCCGCAAAUGUGUCAAGACUGCUACGUUGGGUGUACCAGAUUGCAUCUUAAAAGCGGUUACGAUUGCUAG